ACUUCCGGCACGUGAGAAUUCAAGGUUACUUUUGUAUUAACAAGAUCUCCAUCCUCAAAAUAGAGCUAGUCAUAUUCCUCUACACUUAUUCUCGUCAAAUCUUUAACUUUGAGACUUACUUUACUAUAAUGGCACCUCUAGCUAUGGCUCAAAUUGCUGAGAAUCUCGCUACUAACCAGAAUUCAUACCGAAGGGUGGGUGAACAAAUAGAAAGAUCAGCACUUCACGCCGUCUCAUCCGGUGUUAUAAGUAGCUCGGGAACGUUAGCAGUAUGUGCUUCAAUAUGUCGAGUAUUACCAAGAGCAGCAAUAGUCUCAGUACCAAUUGGAGUUGGCGUUGCUACGUCAUUAACUGUUUACAAUAAAUUGGUAAAAGCAGCACUUUCCACUGUGAAGACACGAAAGUGA